GAAGGCGUGACGUGGGUGUCGAAGCGGGCUUGGAAGCGGGCGCUGCUCGGCAGUGGUGGUAGCUGCUACUUUGGGGCCUGCGGACGGAGGCGGCCGGGGUCGCGGUCACAGCUCCCCGGUCUCGGUAGCCAUGGCGGCGCUGGGCCGGCCCUUCAGCGGGCUCCCUCUGAGCGGCAGUUCCGAGUUCCUGCAGCCGACGCCGGCCUUCCCGGGCCGGGCCUUCCCACCGGGAGGCGACGGCCCCGAGCGGCUCCCGCGGCCGGGACCCCGCGCCGUCCCCGGCCACCCGGGCGGGAGCGCCGCGCGCGGACGUAUUUCCGUUCACUGUAAAAAGAAACACAAGCGAGAGGCUGAAGACGACGAUUGUCCAGUAAGAAAGAAACGACUGACUGAGGCAGACCUCUGUGCUGGUGGUAAUGCAUGGAUUCUCUGCACACAUCAGGAUGUGGAGUGUCACCCAGGAAACCUGUGCUCUAGUGGCCUUUCUGUGCCUGGCAUGAUGGAUGCUGCUUGUGAAGAAAUGGAUCAGACCAUUGGAGAACCUCAGUGUGAGGCAGCUCGAAGGAGGCUUCAGGAAAUUGAGGACAGGAUAAUUGAUGAAGAUGAGGAAGUUGAAGCUGACAGAAAUGUUAACCAUCUCCCUAGUCUUGUCCUUUCUGAUACCAUGAAAACAGGUUUGAAGAGAGAAUUUGAUGAAGUCUUUACAAAGAAGAUGAUUGAGUCUAUGAGCCGGCCUUCCAUGGAGCUUGUGCUCUGGAAACCUCUUCCUGAACUCCUUUCUGAUAAGCCAAAGCCAUCAUGUAAUGCUAAGAAAUUCACCGGAGAAAGCCACACUAAGCUUGUAGCUCCUGGCACUGCCUUCCCACAGAGAACUGAACUGUUCUUGGAACCUUGGCAAACAGGAAUGCCACUUUACAAUAGUUUGGAAACUGCUGCUAGCACAGAAGAAGAGAUGGAACUCUAGAAAUCAGUUUCUUACACUAAUUUGUCAAAUGUUAGGAGGUUCCUAAGUUUAGUAGUGAGCCUGUUUGCAAAUUAUAGGGACUUGAAAGUUUUAUGAAACGGGUGUAAUAUCUCCACCUGUAGUUUGGGGUGAGACUCUCAUUUUGGGUAGCCAUGUUUUGAAUUCAACUUUUGCCAAGGAAGCUUGUCUCAAGGGAAAAGUUUUCUAAUGGGCAUAUUAAAGGACUACUAGCUUAAAGUCUCUUUAAAGGCAAGCAUAGAAGCUGUAAGGGUAACAGUCUUCUGUCACAUUGCCUAAGCCAUUCAUACACUUAGCACUCCUGAGUUGGAAAAGUGUAAGGCGUUCCUACCUACUACCACCCUGCUCUGAUUGUUGACUCCUUGCAGGAGAGAUGAAGCAGUAGCUUAAGCCUCUUGGUAAUAAGUUUAACAAAGGCCUAUGCAGAUGGUCUGUCAUUCAACAUAGCUAUAUUGAUUGAGCAGCCAACAGCAUGUCAGCUCUCCUCUUAGCCUAAAAAAUGCAAUGAAGCGUUCUAAGAGGUUUGUCCUGUGCUACUGUUGUCUCUUUUGCAUAAAUGAUAAGUCUGUUCAGUAAUGUUUACAACUCAAAUAACUUUGAUAGUAUAAAGGAAUCUAAGGCAAGCCAUCUUCAAGUUGACCACAGAAAGAAGCAUUCUUUCAUGAAUCCUAAGGAAGCACUUUGUCAGCUAUAACCAACAUUGGUAACUUCCGUAGUUUAAAAAGAGAAAAGUGAUAUUGGUAUUAACAAGUUCACCAAGAAUGUAUAGGCAAGUAACAUUAAGACUUAAAUGGAAAUUUGUCAAUUCGGUGCUUAAAUUUGUGCAGUAAGCCUAAUAGAAGUGGAGAAUGGAUUUCUGCUAGCAAGAAAUCUUAACCUCCUUGAGUAUCUAAACCUGUCUUCAGGUGUCCUUUAGGAAAAACCAGGAUUACAAUCGAAUUUCUCAGGAAGAGCUCAUUGGUGUGAACGGGACUCAGUACAAGGUAAAGAGACAGAUCCUUACUGCUGUGGGACAUUCACUACAAGAUAAAAAGUAAGUGUAAUAGUGGCCCUUUAUCACAGCAGGGACUGCUCCAGUUCUAAUUAGCUUUCUGGAUAUAUAUAUAUAUAUAUUUUUUUUUUUUUCCUGCUUUGUAGGAGG